CUGCUUUACUUUAACUAAAAUUUCUAGUAUCAAUUUGCAUUUCGAAAAGACGGGUUCUUUGGAUUAACUAGAAAUCUUAAAUAAACAAGAUGCCAGUUGGAAAUUUAAUUUCGGGAAGUGAAAAAGCAAAAAAAAUUCAGGAAGAAUUGCAGAAAGAUGUCGAAAAUAUUACAAAAAAACUACCUUUUUUUCGACCAGGGCUAACUAUUGUUCAAGUUGGUGAUAGAGAAGACUCAAAUGUCUAUAUAAGAAUGAAAUUGAAAGCAGCCAGAGAAAUAGGAAUAGAAGCAGUAUUGUUGAAGUUACCUCGUGAUAUUGCUGAAAUAGGAUUAUUGGCAAAGAUAUCCGAAUUGAAUAAUGAUCCUAAAGUUCAUGGUAUAAUUGUUCAAAUGCCUUUGGAUUGUGAAAAUAAAAUUGAUUCGAUAUUAGUGACUGAUGCUGUUUCACCUGAAAAAGACGUUGAUGGUCUGCAUACUGUUAAUGAGGGACGUGUAGCUGUUGGUAAUUUAAAUGGUUUUCUCCCAUGCACUCCGAGUGGAUGUAUAGAAUUAAUAAAAAGUACUGGGAUUGAAAUUGCUGGUUCGAAAGCAGUUGUGAUUGGUAGAAGUAAGAUUGUAGGGACACCAGUUGCUGAACUCUUAAAGUGGGAACAUGCUACAGUUACAGUCUGUCACUCAAAAACUCAAAAUUUAGAAGAAGAGACUAAAAAAGCAGAUAUUUUGGUUGUUGCAAUAGGUCAGCCAGAAAUGGUGAGGGGCAGUUGGCUGAAACCUGGAGUUGUAGUAAUUGAUUGUGGCAUCAAUGUUAUUGCAGAUGACACAAAAACAUCUGGAAAACGUUUAGUUGGUGAUGUAUGUUUUUCGGAAGCACAAUCAAUCGCAUCAUUUAUAACCCCUGUACCUGGUGGUGUAGGCCCAAUGACUGUUGCUAUGUUAAUGAAAAAUACGGUACAAUCAGCUUUAAAGGUUGCAAAAGAGCUUCAACAAGAUAAAUGGACCUUAACACCGUUAAAAAUUUGCCCAAUAACACCAGUUCCAAGCGACAUCAAAAUAGCGAAUUCUCAAAAUCCGAAGGAUGCAUUUUCUUUGGCAAAAGAAAUCGGUCUUGUAGCCAGUGAAAUUAAUUUAUAUGGCAACAAGAAGGCAAAAAUUUCUUUAUCGGCUUACAAAAGACUGAAAUUUAGAGAAAAUGGAAAAUACAUUGUUGUUGCAGGGAUAACGCCAACUCCUUUAGGUGAAGGUAAAAGUACAACCACUAUUGGUCUUUCCCAAGCACUUUGCGCUCACAUAGGACGAAAUGCUAUUGCUUGUUUAAGACAACCGUCAUUAGGACCUACUUUUGGCAUCAAAGGUGGGGCUGCUGGCGGAGGAUUUUCUCAAGUUAUUCCAAUGGAAGAUUUUAAUUUGCAUCUAACAGGAGAUAUUCACGCAGUUAGUGCAGCGAAUAAUCUUCUGGCGGCUCAAUUGGAUACUAGAAUUUUUCAUGAAAAUACACAAUCAGACAAAGGUUUAUACGAUCGCUUAGUACCAUUAAAGAAUGGAAAAAGAGAAUUCUCUAAAAUUCAAAUAAAGCGCUUACAAAAACUAAAUAUUAUAAAAUAUGAUCCAGAUACUUUAAAUGAAAAUGAAAUCAAAAAAUUUGUUAGGUUGGAUAUAGAUCCAGAAAGCAUUAUGUGGUCCAGAGUCGUUGAUAUAAAUGAUCGCUAUCUGCGCGAAAUAACUGUUGGGCAGUCUCCUACGGAAAAGAAUUAUAGCAGAAAAACUCAGUUUACUAUAUCCGUUGCCAGUGAAGUCAUGGCAGUUUUAGCCCUUGCUAGAGAUCUUGGUGAUAUGAAGGAACGUUUAGGUAGAAUUGUUGUAGCUUUUAGUAAAGCAGGAGAUCCAAUUACAUCUGAUGAUCUUGGUGUAACUGGCGCAAUGUGUGUUUUACUCAAAGACGCUAUUAAACCUAAUCUGAUGCAAACUUUGGAAGGUACACCAGUGUUAGUGCAUGCAGGACCUUUUGCGAAUAUUGCGCACGGAUGUUCAUCGAUUGUCGCUGAUAAUAUUGCUUUAAAGUUGGUCGGACCAAAGGGUUUCGUUGUCACAGAAGCUGGCUUUGGUUCCGAUAUUGGUAUGGAAAAAUUUUUCAACAUAAAAUGUCGGGCUUCAAAAAUGGUUCCAAAUGCUGUGGUUUUAGUGUGUACCGUGCGAGCAUUAAAAAUGCACGGUGGUGGUCCACCGGUUAUUGCUGGUACUCCUUUAAAAGCAGUGUAUAUUCAAGAAAACUUAGAGUUGUUAGAAAAAGGCUUACCAAACUUAGCUCAGCAUAUACAGAAUAGUGUUAAGCAUGGAGUUUCAGUCGUUGUAACAAUUAAUUCACACGAAAAUGACACGGUGGCAGAACAUGAUUUAAUUAAAAGGGCUGCUCUUAAAUUUGGAGCUUUUGCUGCUGUCACUUCAAAUAGUUGGAAAAAAGGUGGGAAAGGAGCUGUAGAUCUGGCAGAAGCCGUUAUUAAAGCUUGUGACGUAAAUAUUGAAAAAUUCCAAUAUUUGUACGAUUUGCACAUUCCUUUAAAAGAUAAAAUAAAAAAAAUUGCUACAGAAAUGUAUGGAGCGGCGGAAAUCGAGUUAGCGGAAAAAGCUGAGAGAUCAAUUACAUUUUUAACUGAAAAAGGAUUUGAUAAUCUUCCAAUUUGUAUGGCAAAAACUUCAUAUUCGUUAACCGGAGAUCCCACAAUAAAAGGUGCACCAAAAGACUUUACACUCAGUGUAAAUGAUUUGUAUUUAUCUGCAGGAGCUGGUUUUAUAGUUGUGUUGUGUGGCGAGAUUUCGCAAAUGCCUGGUUUGAGUACUAGACCCUCUUUUUAUGAUAUCGAUUUAAAUACAGAAACUGAAGAAAUAGUCGGACUAUUUUAGGUUAUAGCGUACAAAAAUUUUUCAUUUUUAAUAUAUACAUAUAUGGAAUUCUGCAUUUAUAUUGUUCUUUUAUAUUUUUGAUGCAAGUUGUUAAAAUUUAAAUUUAUGCUCUAUUCUAAAUAACUAAAGAGCUUUGUUUCAGUUUUCAUACCAUUUGCUGAAAUUUAAAAAUUAUUUUAAGACGAUUUCUUUUACCAAAUCUUUUUUAUCUACAUUUAUGGAAGUUGUUUUGUCAUUUAUAAAAAAUGUGAAAUAAACAAGGUAUAAUGAUUUUGCUUGUGUAAAGUAAUAUUCAUAUUGUAUGUUCUUUAUUGAAAAUAUAUCUUAACUUUUUAUUUUGUUUUAUACAUUUUUUUCAAGAUAUUUUUACAAUACAUUCUUAAUUUUUAAAAUUUUAAGUUAUUUUUUUUAUUAUAAUUUUGUUAAACUAGUUAUUUUUAAAAGGUAAUACAAGGGCUCGAAAUAAUAAAAUGGUACAUGAAAAUUAUUUAUAGUAUUAAUUUUUUUUGUAUUUUUAAAAUGUUAUACAUUUUGUUUAUUGCUUCAAAUGUAAAAGCGACCACAAUUUUUUACGAAUAAAAUAAACUCAAAUUUUUUACUUUAAUGUUUUGAACAAAACAAAAUUUAUAUAGAAUGUGAAUUAAAAAGAAAAAAUCGUUUCAUUUAAAAUACUAUAUAAAAUAUUAAUCAUUACUUAAAAAAAUAUAUCUCAUUUUU